CCCUUUCAAAAUCAAGUGUGUGUGAGUGGGCGAGACGGGAAGAGGAUGAAAUAGGAAGGGGACUGGGAGAUGAAUGUUCCUACCUGUGAAUAUAGAGGAUACAAGGAAUCUUAGUUUGGAUCAAUAAUCUCCGGCUUGUCUCCAUGGAGAAGGGCAGUGGAUGGUGCUUCCCCACAAUGUGUCGAGAGUCCAUAAUUGCUCUUAUAAUCAUCACGCUUACCACUUUUGCAAUUCGUAUGAUUUAUGUCAUAUACUGGAGUGGCAAACCCCUCCCUACCUCAUCUUCUAAGCUUAAGAGCACCCUGAUUAUCCUGGGUUCAGGGGGUCAUACUGCUGAGAUGCUUAAUCUAGUCUCUCUUCUUCAGAAGGACAGGUUUACACCAAGAUUUUAUAUUGCAGCUAAGACUGAUAACAUGAGUCUUCAAAAAGCUCGUGUAUUGGAGGACUCCCUGGUUGAUCAGACUGGUGAUCGGAAAGUGCUAGAGGCUGCUCAGUUCAUGCAGAUAUAUCGAAGCCGGGAAGUUGGUCAAUCAUAUUUAACUUCCGUUGGGACAACCCUAAUUGCUACUGCUCAUGCCCUCUGGCUAGUUGCUAAAAUCAGACCCCAUGUGAUACUGUGCAAUGGCCCUGGGACUUGUAUCCCUCUCUGUGUAGUUGCUUUCACGUUUAAGGUGGUUGGGAUUAGAUGGUCAUCCAUUUUUUAUGUCGAGAGUAUAGCAAGAGUUAGGAGGCUCUCUCUGAGUGGCUUGCUUCUCUACAAAUUACGCAUGGCUGACCAGUUAUUUGUGCAAUGGCCACAACUGCAAAAGAAAUACCCCCGAGCACAAUAUGUUGGUUGUCUCAUGUAAUUGGUUCAAUUCUGCUGCUGCUAGUGGUGAGCUGACAGAUUGUCUGAUGAUUCACAUGCGCAUGAAGGUGAUGCAGCAAUGAUUUAUAUUGAGUGGAUGCAGUUGAGUUGCAAAACUAGUGACUUUUGAAUACAAAGUUUUGUGGAGCUUAAGCUCUCCAGGCUUGGUAGUAAAGUAUGCAUUCUUGUUUUGGACCACAUAGACUGGGUGAACUUUGAAAGAGAACUGGUGAGGUUCAUUCCUAAAUCUCUCUUCAUUCAUAAAGCCACUUAACCUCUGACAAUUACCAAGUUGUAGAGUCACAGCCUGGAACAGAGUCUUUUGGUUUUCUGAUGAAUAAUUCUUUACCCAAUGUUUGCCCACACUUCAAACGCAUGUACCUGUCCUCUUUCAUAGGGAAUGAAAUAACAUAUAGUUUCCUUUUUAGAGCAA